CCUAGAUGCUACCAAGUUUGUAUUUUUCAGAAAGGGAAAAGAAGGAAUGGUGGGAUAAAAUAGAGAAAGGAAGUGAGGCCUUUCUAUAAAAAAAUGAGACCCUUCUAUCAAAAAAAAAAUGAAAAGGUGCUCGAGAUAAAGGCGGGGGCUGAAGAUACAAAGGAGGUUACGAUAAAAGAUGCCCGGUCAUACGUGGUGAAACAAGUAGUGGACAUACUACAAGAUAAAGGGGAAUUUCAAAAAAAGUUAGAUAUAAAAACUAACGAGGUGUAUGGAAAUGGGUCUCUGAAGCAAGCAACCACAGUGCCUGGAAAUUUUAACAUUGAUUUGGUUCUCUUCUUAGAGAGUUUUACAACUGAAGAUUAUCUUGCUAACAACGGCUAUCCUGAGAAGCUGGAAGAAAUCAACAAACACAUCAAAGAAAAACUUAAAGACAACUAUCAACGCAUUGAAAUAAAGAAAACGGAAAAGAAAACAUACAUGCACAGAGCUCAUUUUUAACUUCAUGCCCCCACCAAGGACAAUUGUAUGGAGAGUAUCAGAGUGACUUUAAUGCUUUUUCCAUUCUGGAAGGAUACAUCUACAUGUACUAAAAAGCUUAUUGAUUUGAUUUCGGCACAGGAUUCUUGGGAGAAGAAGCAGCUGAGAUAUUAAUUUAUAUCCUGAAGCUCUAUAUGCACCUAUACCUAUAUAAAGCCUCUUCCCUGGUGUCAUCAAACUCCAGACACAGUAUAUAUACGGAAAGUUGACAAUGAUCACAGAGUUGUCAGAAAAUACACAUCCUAAUUCAGAGGGAAAAAGCAUGGAGAGACAUUUAAACAUGGCCCGAGGACCGUGAUGACCAGUGAAUUGGAUGAACCUAGAGACAAGAGUUUGGUUGCCAUUAGAAUUAAAUAUGCCUGCCUGCCUCCUUCCUGCUCCGUGGUGGCUGAUUGCCCCCGCCAACCCUGCCAACAAUGUGUACGUCAGUG